GGCAUGCACGAUGUUAUCUAUAGGCGAAACUAUUCGUAUGUCAAAGGCAACAUAGUUCUUCAACGGGACAGUACCAGCCCGUGCCAUCAAGAAAAAAUAAAUGUCCCACUGCGAGGUACGUUGUGUUCACGCCUCGACGCACCAGCCUGGAGCGUCGCCAUGGCAACCAACGACAAACACUGCCAGACAUUAUCAGUCAAAAACGACAAAAUUGUGAUCAAGGAAUACAAUUACAUCAAUGAUUCGUGUAAUAUGUACGAUGAGACUGUGGCAGUGAAUGCGAGGGAAAUAGACAGUCCAUCGAGUGAGGAGGACGUGGUGAGAGCUAAUAUGUCGAAGUUCAAUCCCCCGGUGAGGCACACGGCGCGGCACGACUUCGAUUCAGAGAGUGAUUCCGAUUCGGAGCCUCAGGAGUUUUUGGACAACAUCGGCGAGGCUGAUGAGUCACCAGAGAGAAGCCCAAAGACGUCAGAGAAAAUCGCCGAGGUCCAGAAACCAGCUCUCAAAGAUAACAAACAUGGUGGCAGCGGCAGAACGAAGCCACCAGUGAAGAGAGAAGAAUCAUCUAAUUCUGAAACAGACAGCGGAGACGUGGAGGCGGAUCGCACAGAGCCGCCGGCGGGCAGCGGUCGCAAGCGGGGCGGGGGGGUCGUCAUACCCGCCGAGGGGGCCUACGACCCCAAGCACUACCUCGACCUGAAGGUGCCGCCAGAUAUGGAGAACAUAUUCCAGUAUAUUAUGAAAUACACUCCGCAGAAGAUCGACAUAGAGCUGAAGCUGCAGCCGUUCGUGCCGGAGUACGUGCCGGCGGUGGGCGACAUCGACGCGUUCCUGAAGGUGAGCACGCCCGCCUGCGACCUGCGCGCGCGCACGCUCGGCGAGCACGUGCUCGAACACAUCGACAACUUGGGGUUGACGGUGUUAGACGAGCCGGUGGCCGAGCAGAGUGACUCCGCGCUGCUGCAUCUGCAACUCAGGGCCAUAUCGAAAACCAACAGCUCUAAGGGCAAUGUGCUGACGAAGAAGAUUGAAAACGCGGAGAAGAAUUCGAAAGCGAUUGAGCGGUGGAUAAAGGAUGUGAGCGAGCUACAUCUGUCGAAGCCCGCGCCGACCGUCACUUACACCAGCAAAAUGCCUGACAUAGACACAUUAAUGGAAGAAUGGCCGGAAUCAAUGGAGGAGACACUCAACGAAGUCGGUUUCCCUUCAGCCAGCAUCGACUGCUCCCUCUCGCAGUACGUGGACCUCGUCUGCGGACUCUUCGACAUACCAGUAGCUGGUGACACCCUCAACGACAGGAUCCAGGCGAUACAUCUGCUCUUCAGCUUGUAUUCUGCUGUCAAGAACUCGCAGUUGUACGCGGAGAGGCAGAAAGAGAACGAGGUGUAAGGUUAAAGUUAAUAAAUUAAUGUUGUGGGUUUUA